GAAAUCCAAGAACUAGCUCCCGUGGGCCUAGGAAAGUAGAGAGGGAGAUCUUCUGGCUGACUCAGAGGGUUUCGUAAUCUCGCGUUUUCUUCCUCGUUUUGCCGUGUGUUUUUCGAACAACCGCUCCCUGUCGCAGCGUUGAAAAAAUCGUUAACAUCAGCUACAGUUGUUAAAUUUUGGGAGGUGUUAACGAAGAUGCUGCCGCAGCAGCUGAGGAAGCCUAUAGGGGACAGCCCAAAGAAGCUGGCAAACUUGAUCGACCUCGUAAAUAUUCCCUCUGCACUACGAGAAUUCGUGGGUCAGUCUCAGAUUUCUCGUCUGGGCUGUUUCAUGCGUGUUUGGUCCUACAUCAAAGCCAACAAUCUUCAGGAUCCAAACAACAAGAAUGUGGUGAAUUGUGACGAGAAGCUGAAGAGCAUUUUGCUCGGGAAACAACGGGUUGAGCUUGCCGAGCUUCCUGCCCUCAUCAAGCUGCAUUUCCCCAAAACACCAAAAUAGGAGUAAGGCUACAAGCUGUGUCAUUUCGUGCUCGAACGUUUUAGAAUUCCAAACAGUUUGGCUCCUUGUUCGGUAUUUUGAUCUUUCUUGCACCUGGCUCUUGUUUUUCAAACCAUGGAAGUUGAUAGUUUUCAAAUUAUUGUUUCUUUAACGCUA